AUGUGCAGGACACGCCCGGAGCCUCUUAAGGGGGGCCCAGGCACUUGCCAACUUCCUAAGGGAAACCAUCCUAAGGGAUGUGCAGGACACGCCCGGAGUCCCUCAAGGGGGACCCUGGCACUCGCCAACUUCCUAAGGGAAACCAUCCUAAGGGAUGUGCAGGACACGCCCGGAGCCUCUUAA